AUGUCAACAAAGGUCAAAGGGUUACUGGAACGCUUACAUGAUGGUGAAUUUGUCAUCUGUGCUGAAGGUUAUGGUUUUUAUUUUGAAAGAGAAGGAUAUCUUCAGUUAGGACCUGGUGUUCCAAUGAUUGUGAAAGAACAUCCCGAACUGGUGAAGAACAGCUACAGAACUUUUGUUCGUGCCGGAAGUGACGUAGUAUUGGCUCUUACGUACUAUGGACAUCGUGCAAAACUAGCUGUUAUUGGCAAGGAAGAUCUGGUAGAAGAAAUUAAUAAAUCAGCUCUACGCAUGGCACGUGAAGUUGCCGACGAAACAGGAACCCUGAUGGCGGGAAAUCUCUGCAAUACUAACAUAUAUAAUGCAGAUGACGCUGAAAGGAUUGAACAGAUAAAGGAAAUGUUCAAGGAACAAGUGGAAUGGGCUGUGGAAGCAGAUGCUGAUUUCAUUUUGGCUGAAACAUACACAUACUAUGGUGAAGCUUUAUUGGCUUUAGAAACGAUCAAACAAUACGGAAAAGGACUGCCUGCUGUACUAACUCUAGCACCGUUUGUGGUUCCCACAAGGAAUGGACACGCGGUUACAGCUGAUAAAGUGCUCUUGAGUGAUGCAUGUGCGAAGUUAAAAAGUGCUGGAGCUGCAGUGGGUCCAUUGGCUGCCAUUCCUGUACCAUACAGAACAACAAAGGAAGAACCAACUUUCUUCAUGCUCAAGGAUCCAAUGACCAAUAAACCCGUGUUUUAUACUCACGAUGCGGAUAUAUUUUACUGCUCUCGAGAAGACAUCAAACGGUUUGGAUCCACAUGCAAGGAAAUGGGUAUUCAGUUUGUUGGUGUUUGUUGUGGAAAUCGGCCAUUCUAUACGUGUGCUUUGGCAGAAUCCCUUGGUAGGUCGCCAGAGGCCAGUCGCUACACGCCUGAUAUGUCCAGGCAUUAUGUUUAUGGUGUAAACCCAAAGGUGAAAAAAGACGUGGCUGAUCAAAGCUUGAAUCUUUACCACACGCACGGAGAUAUCGAUGAAUGA